AGCUUUAAGGAGGCUUCUACAGGAAAGGACUUAGCAAAGUUUCUUCCAAAGCUGCAACAUCUCCCCGGAGCCGAGCACACCGCCCGCCGUCCCGGCUGGAUCUCUAGCUGUCCCCCCCUCCCCCUGUCCCGGCUGGAUAUCUCUCCCCCCCUCGCCGUUUGGUCGUGUUGUAUGUCCGGAGCUGCUGGGCCCCGAGUCCGUUGCCGGCACCCCGAGCCAUGUCUAUGUUGCCUUCCUUUGGCUUCACCCAGGAGCAAGUAGCCUGUGUGUGCGAGGUGCUGCAGCAAGGGGGGAACCUGGAGAGGCUGGGCAGGUUUCUGUGGUCUCUGCCAGCCUGCGAUCACCUCCAUAAGAACGAGAGCGUGCUGAAAGCCAAGGCGGUGGUGGCAUUUCACCGGGGCAACUUCCGAGAGCUCUACAAGAUCCUGGAGAGCCACCAGUUCUCCCCCCACAACCACCCCAAGCUGCAGCAACUGUGGCUCAAGGCUCACUACGUGGAGGCGGAGAAGCUGCGGGGAAGACCCCUGGGGGCAGUGGGCAAGUACCGGGUGAGGAGGAAAUUCCCCCUGCCCAGGACCAUCUGGGACGGAGAGGAGACCAGCUAUUGCUUCAAGGAGAAAUCCAGGGGGGUGCUGAGAGAGUGGUAUGCCCACAACCCCUACCCUUCUCCCCGGGAGAAAAGGGAGCUGGCCGAGGCCACUGGACUCACCACUACUCAGGUCAGCAACUGGUUCAAGAACCGACGGCAGAGGGACAGGGCUGCCGAGGCCAAGGAGAGGGAAAACACGGAAAACAACAACACGUCCGGCAACAAACAGAACCAGCUCUCCCCCUUGGAUGGAGGCAAAUCUCUCAUGUCCAGCUCCGAUGAUGAAUUCUCCCCACCACAGAGCCCAGACCAGAACUCAGUCCUCUUACUGCAGGGCAACCUCAGCCACCCCGGGGGCUCAUCAUACUCCCUAAGCGCUUUAAGUGCCUCCCAGGGCGGCCACGGGCUCAGCAGCCACCAGCACCAGCUCCAAGACUCUCUCCUGGGACCCCUCACCUCCAGCCUGGUGGAUCUAGGAUCCUAAACAGAACAUGGCCAUCCAUAGGGACUGUCUGGAGCCCCCAGAGGGACUGCACACUUUACUGUACAUAGCAAGACACUUCGUGGUUUGAGAGCUCAUCUCAUGGUACUUAACAUGUAAAGACUGAGAAGAUAAAGUGACUUUUUUUUUAUUCCUCUCCUUUAAAAAAAACGACCCCCCCAGCACCACUGAAUGCUCUUAUAAUCCCCCCAUAGCUCUUCUGCAAUUAGCCAAACGCUGAGGACAGGAGCUAAUGUCUCUCCUCCCAAAAUGUUUCUCCCAGCCCAUCAACAGCUGUUCCCAGACGUAGGAGAUUUCUCUGCUUUAUUUAUGAAGAUUUUUUUUUCUUUCUUUCUGCUCUUUUGCGCCGACAACUACACGAAAAGUGGAUGAACCUCCAAAUGGGGAAAAAAACACAAAAACAACAAAAAAACAAACACAAAACACUAUUGAAGCCUCUAUCGCAGCUUCUAAAAAGGCAAGGUUCAUCCACUUGGAGGAGGUUAAGUUUACAUUUUUUUUUCACAUUAGUGUUCUAAAACGAUUGGAAAAGUAGUUUAUAAUAAAAUCCAGUAUUAGAAAAAGA